AUGGCUAGAAAAGUGGGUUUUCGGCAAGGUGCUUCACAAUAUAAAUCAGAUGGAUAAUUGUAGGACACGGACAUGAAAGCGCCAAAAGAAUCACGUACUCAAGAUGAAACAGAACAGUCGGUGAAAGAGAAAGCGAAGGCGGCGGACCAGAAAACGACUCCGAAGGCGACGAAGGCGGUGUCGAAGGAGCCGGAGAUGGCGUCCGCCCGGAGUCUCAGGUGGCCACGGCGACCAGAAACGUAGAAAUGGGGGCGUGGCCUAGCGUGCACGGUUUAUCACCAUUUUGGCGCAAAAUUCGAAAUUUAACCCCGAUUUUUCAUGUUUUUCGCCAAAAAUUACCCAAAUUUUGUACGAUUUCGACGAUGUAAUUGCAUAAUAACUUUGUCAAACUAAUCAUCGCGCACCACUUUUUGAGCUUAAAACGAGCAGGUUUCAUUCAGAAAUGAAUCGAUUAAAUCGAUUUUCCAGUUUUGUGCUGAAAAUGCGCGAAUUUCAGUCAUUCGCCGAUACUUUUUGCCGUUUAAACGCUUAAAAUACUUGUAUUAACGUGUGCUUAAUCACUUCUGACACUCACUAAACUAUCCACAUCGGCCGGUAUGAAAAUUCCGAAAUAGCGACGGCCAUUCACGGUCUCCCACGGCGCGAAUGAUUUCAAUGGGGCGCACUUGCAACAGGCGGGCUGUGUCGAUUUACGCGGCAGUUCCCGUUCUUUCCAUGUUUUCUGUACAAUACACCUAUUUUUUUGUAUGCCCGGAACCUGGAUUUGAAUAAUUAGAGCACUAGCUACGUUUUGGUAACAGAAAUCUCGCAUAUCGUUGAGAAUUAGCCGAGUUAUUUCGAUUUGAAGGUUUUGGCCUGGAUUUUGAUGUUUUUCGAAUAGUUUUCGAAAACAGCUCAAAAAAACUAACCGCCGGAACCUGAAUUUUGUGAAGAAAGAUUCAGCGAACAUUUUUAUCGUUCGUUGGGCUCAUGAAAUGCAAAAUGAGCUGAAAUAUAAAGGUUUGAAGUUUUGACGAAAUGCGAAAAAGACGCUAAAAACAUGAAAACUCUAAAUUCUGCAAAGAACGGUUUCCAAUCAGUAAAAUAUUGUUUUCUAGACGUUUUUCAAGUCAAAAAGAAAGAAAUAAAGGUCGUAAACUCGAAUUGAACUGCAUUUUUAGACCUGCAAAUUUUCAAAAGUUACAACGACACUCCGCAAUUUACGAGCGCACUGUGUUUAGCAUUAGCGCCCUGGGAGACCGUGCGAUUGGCGGCGGAGAGCGUAUUGCGAAUGAUGCCAAAAACGUCUCAAACGCGACGUUUUCACAAAAAUUUCAAUGUUUUCUCUCUUUAAUGUCUCUUCUUUCGUCGAUAUCAAACACAAAAAUAUCGGAAAAGUGUGCUGAAAUUGCGGCAAUUUUCAGAAAACGCGUCUCAGAUUUGGCCACGCCCCUUUCUACACUUUUGGUCGUCGUGCCGGUGGCGUCAUUCUUGAUAGUGUUGUGACAUUCAAAUGUUCCAGGAAGAAAUCGAAGGAGGGCAAGGCGAAGGGGGUGAAACCGAUGACCCCUCCGGCGCCUCCGAGCCCUGCGGGACCGCCGAAGAAAACAAAAAGGCCGAGCCAGGAGGCGACCGAUCAGAAGAGCAUGAAGAGCGGAAAUGCAGCCGGCGGCAAGGUGAAAUCAAGCAAGUGCAGACGGAAAACGGUAAUCCGAUUGUUUGCAGAAGGCGUCGUCGCCAGUGAAGACGGACGGCGCGGCGGCCGCGAACAGCAACAACUCGACGAUCGCGCACUCGUGGGCCAGUCAGCGGAACCCGACAAUAUCGGCGAAGGAGUUCCACGUGCUCGAGGAGCACAUCGCGAGAAUGCCGAGCUUCCACGGGUACGUGUGUCGGGAGGAUCUGAACGGAUUGCUGAAGAGAAACGGCGACUGGCUGCUGCGAUUGUCGGUGCAGCCGAACGAAAAAGAGGCGGAGAGGAAGGAGAAGAAGAAGGAGAAAACGGCGAGCAAGGAGUCGCCCAAGAAACGAGGGACCAAGGAGAAGAUGACUGGGACAGCACGCGCCGGCUUCAAAUCGUUCGUGCUCUCGGUCAAUGCAAGUACGUUCACUGCGAAAAGAGCCACCAACGCGCGUGAAUUGCAGAAAGCAAGGAGAAGCCGAAAUCGCCGGACAAAUCGUCGGGACUCUCUGUGAUCCGCAACCUGAUCAUCAAACUGAACGACGGCCACGUGUCGAUCGAACCGACGAAACAGUUCAAAACCAUCGGGGAGCUCAUUGCGAACUAUCAGAAGAACUCGGGCAUUCACAAAGAUGUUAGUCCCGUCAGCGGCACGACAAAUGACCGGAUCGGUCUUUUUUUUUGCCCAGUCUCAAUAUUCAGAUUGUAUCCUAACUUUGUGUCCACCUUGAAAGUUUCAGACCCUCCGGACUAUCUGGUCCCCCGGGAAAGACGCUUUUUCGGCCUCUGAUCAGCGGAAGAAUUUUUAUCUUUUUUAGAAAAUUAUUUUAUGAAAUGUGAUCAACUGACGAAAUAUAUAGCAAAGUGAACUCUGCUCAUAGAAAAAUAAUUGUAAAUUUAGCUUUUUAUACAAAAAAGUUAAGGGCUAACGGAAGACGGAAUUACAUUUUCACGCAACAACUCGCAUAACUUUUUUGUAUGAAAAGUUAAAUUUACAAUUAUUUUUCUAUGAGCAGAGUUCACUUUGCUAUACAUUUCGUCAGUUGAUCACAUUCCAUCAAAAAAUUUUCUAAAAAAGAUAAAAAUUCUUCCGUUGAGUUCUUCCGCUCAACUCUGCCUCUGAUCAUGAAAAGUUUGGCUCCUUUCGCAAUUUCCCGCUUUUCCAGGGCGAAUUCCAACUGCUCACCGCCAUCCCGCUGAGUCCGUGGGAAUUUCAGCACGAAGACGUCGAGAUGACGGAGCGGAAACUCGGCGAAGGCGCGUUCGGAGAUGUGCGCGUCGGCAGGCUCAAGCCGAAAGACACGAAGGCAAAAGCGGUCGAGGUGGCGGUGAAAAUGCUGAAGAACGCGACGGAGACGAUCACGCGGGACCAGGUGAACGAGCUGCUGCACGAGGCGCGAGUGAUGCGACUGCUCGAGCACCCGAACGUCCUCCGCUGCCAGGGAAUCGUCGUGCUCCGCGAGCCGUUGUACUUGAUGAGCGAACUGUGCGCGUGUGAGUCGAUCGAUGUUCCGUUUGCGUUCAGCAUUCAGCGGAGCGCGUUUGAUUACUUACAGGCGGUGCGCUUCGAGAAUAUCUCAAGGAGAACCAGAAGACGGUGACGCUCGCCGAAAAACUGAACUUUGCUCUCGGCUCGGCGCGCGGCGUCGAAUACAUUCACUCGCAGAAGGUGAUCCAUCGCGACCUGGCCGUCCGAAACAUUUUGCUCAGCGAGGACAAGACGGUAAGAAGCGAUUCUAUUAUAGGGGCACCGGACAGAAAGGGCGCGCUGUUCGCAAUCUGGUCGAAUUUCUAGGCCGCGAAGUAAUUUUCCACUGAAAACGUGGCCUGAAUUUUCAAACUCGGCCCCGAUGUCGCUCAAUUUGCACUGCAAAAAGAGUUUCUCAACAGAGCGCCAUUUCUGUGCGGUGCCCCUAUAAUAUUGACGCCGCACGGUCUCCAGAGCUGACAAUAUGGGAGUCGCCCCGGCGGCCAAAUGGCAUUUUCAUGAAUUGAGCACGUUUUCUCUGAUUUUUGUGGUCAAAGGCGAUGAAAAAUGAUUUUUCGGCAUGAAAACACACUAAUUCUCAAAAUUAAUGACGUUUUGGCGCAUUUUUCGCCGACUUUGCUUUUUCGCCUUUGGCCGCCGAUCGCCGCCUUCUCAUUUUGCGCUUUCUUGACCGUUUUCCGACAGAAUUGGUUUUGAGAAUGAUAAAUCACGUAAAUACAAGCAUUUUGAGCGCUCGAACCGCGAAAACUACUGAAAAGCAACUGAAAUUCACGCAGUUUUAGGCAAAAACAUUCAAACGGAUAAAUUUGAUUUGCGACUUGACGAAAUUUGACGCUCUUGCGCUUAAAAAAUUCGUAAAAGCCUAUACAAUCGGUCUAUCGAGAGACAAAUGAGAAAUUCGCGGUUUUUCGUGGCUAAUCUGGCAAAAACACUCAAAUUUUGCUGUUAAAAUUUGAAUUUCGCGCCAAUGUAUCGCUCUAUUGGGCCAUUGUCCGCUCUGGAGACCGUGGCGACCCAAACGACACGAAUCAUUUGCAGCCAAAAGUGUCGGACUUUGGGCUGGCCAAGCAGACGGACCGGUACGAGAUGAAGGAGCACUGCAAGAUUCCCGUGAGGUACCUGGCCCCGGAGACGCUCGAGGCGUUCGUGUUCACCGCCAAAACGGACGUCUUCUCGUUCGGAUGCGUCAUUUGGGAGAUUUACGAAAACGGGCAGCAGCCGCACGACGGCAAGAACGCGCAGACCAUCCGAGCACAGGUAGCGUCUGUUCGAGACGAUGUAUCUCGGCUGCGGGUGGCGAUAUCGAAAAGUUGUCAACUAGAAAAACGUGCACAACGUCCUAAUGAACAUUUUGUUAGUUGACCACUUUUUGAUAUCUCCACCGGCAGAUAAGAUAUAUCGUUUUGAAUGAGAACCGUGAUUGCAGGUGAAAAAGCGAGAAUUUCUGAAAUUAUCGCCGUCCGCUCCAGAAUUACUUCGCAAGUUCGUGGCCGAUCGUGUUUUUGUGGCCGAUCCGGAGAAUCGGUGCUCCAUGAACGCGGUGAUCUUUUGCCGAACACAUCAUUCUUAAUCUUAACAGAAAUGUUUGCAGAUUGUCCAGAGUAUGGAACAAAUUGAAAAGUCGAUGAAGAAAUGA